AUGGAUGACUCCAGCAGUAAUGCCAUAAACCAGACCAGCACAGCAAGCCCAGAUGCCAUUGAGCGAGCUCGACUUCGUCGCAAUCAACGGAACUCGCGUGCAAGAAAGCAAGCCUACAUCCAAGAUCUCGAGCAACGUUGGGGCAAAUGCGUUGAGCUAGGAGCGCAGGCAACCAUGGAGAUGCAGAAAGAGGCUCAGAGAGUGCAUGAAGAAAAUCGACUGCUUCGGAAAGCUCUGCACAAUCAGGGACUUGAUGAUGCUACUAUUGAGCGUGCUCUUGAGGCGGCGAAGAGUGCUUCUUGUGCUGUUCCGGCGCCACCGCAGGUGAGGGAGGGUCUGAUCACGGAUGAACUACCAGCUGUCAGCUGGUCGAAUAUCGACUCUGCUGGAGAGCAUCCGUCAAUGGCAGCAGUCCCUUCUACGGGAGUCGAAAAUCCCCAAGUCGUGGGAGAAACAGAUAUACCACAAACUCUAGAUCUCUUCGACUGGCUUGACAAUCUUUCUCAAAUCAAAGACGCAUUUGGUGCAGAGUCAUUUGAUGAUUUGUUCGACUAUUCAGCCGUUCCCUUGGAAUCUUCGGAUUUUAUCGGCUUGAAUGCAUCUAUGGAUCCAUACGUCGAUUACACUCCUAGCUCGACUAUAAGUUGA